AUGUUCUUUUUUAACAAGAAAAAUGAAGACACCGAAGUUUUAAGUCAAACUCCAGAAUCGGAAACAUCAGUACCAUCAAAUUUAACAUCUACAACAUCAUUAACAAAUCCGUCAGAGAUUGAACCUACAUCCAAGCCAGAGGAAACUAAGAAAUGUCAUAUACCUCCCGCAUAUCCAAUAAAACCAGUUAGAAGAAGAAAAUUUGAGUUAACAGAAGAUCAACAAGACAAAUAUGAUAAAGUACUAGAUCACUUCGAAAAAUUUAUUCAAAAAGAUAUACCAAUAAAUGAGACUUCCACAGCUAAAACGCAUCCAAUAACAGAUCAAGAGAAAGCAUGGUUAACUAAAGAAUGUUUUCUAAGAUUUUUAAGAGCAUCUAAAUGGGAUUUACUUGCAACUAUUAAAAGAAUGGAAGAGACAAUGAUAUGGAGAAGAAGUUUUGGAUUAAUUAAUAUACCAAAUUUAAUAGACUCUAAGGACUUAUUAACGAGUCAAUCAGUAAGUCAUGAGAAUUCAUCAGGAAAACAAGUGAUUUAUGGCUAUGAUUCAAUAGAGAGUAGACCAAUUUUGAUAUUAAGAAAUGGUUAUCAAAAUACAAAAUCAGGAAUUGGUCAAGUCAAACAUUUAGUAUUUAUGUUAGAAUCAGUUAUAAAAUUUAUGCCACCUGGUCAAGAUCAAAUUGCAUUAUUAAUUGAUUUUGGAGCAGCACCAAAAGAAUUAAAUUUAUCUGCAUCAUUUCCAUCAUUAUCUAUAACAAAACAAUCAUUACAUAUUUUACAAAAAAGUUAUCCUGAAGUUUUAGGUAUUGGAUUAUUUCAUGAUUUACCAUGGAUUGCAAAUGCAUUUAUGAAAAUUUCAAGACCCUUUGUGGAUCCAUAUACGAUGCUGAAAACUCAUUUUGACCUGUUUCAGAAUUUCGUACCUAAACAACAAUUAUUUAAUGAAUAUAAUGGGAUUAUAAAUUUUAAGUAUGAUCAUGAUAUUUAUUGGCCAAAAAUGAAUGAAAUCGCAGAAAAUAAAUAUAAUAUAUAUAUGAAUAAUUUUAAAAAAUUAGGUGGUACAAUUGGUCUAAGUGAAUUUGAUUUAAGAUUAGAUGAAACUUAUUUAAAUGGACUUAUAGAUUUAGAAGAAUCAUCAAUUUAA